UUCUCUCUUUAUACACGAGGUUGUAGGCUGGUUGUAAGAUUGUAGGCAGAUUACAAGGAUUAUCAGUAUAGGAUGCUCCGAAAGCAAUUUUCCUGCACUGUGUCCUAUAACCACACCACACGAAGAUGACAGGAAGAUGCUAUAGUAGUUCGAGAAUUCGAGUGAUUCGAGUCUCCUUCUCCGUGCGCAGGCUGAGCUGAAAAUGUUUGUCAAGAGAAUUUGAAGCUCUAUUCCGUGGCGUCUAUCGCGAUUUAAAUUAGGAACGAGGUGAGUUAUUUUCAGACGUAAGAGAAAGAAGGAAAAGACUUUGCCACAUACUUUUUUGCUAGUGAACUGGACUUGACUAGUUAUUACUCAAUUUAGAAGUAAUUGAAUCCCGGUGGUGUAUAAUGAAGACUGAAUUCUACAGGAAUUAAACUGAUCUUCCAAAAGGAAAAUGUCAGGAACAACUGAUACUCCCACUUUGGUUCAGGCAGUGUAUUCAUUCAAAGGGAAGAACAAUGAUGAACUCUGCUUUAAGAAAGGUGAUAUUAUCACUUUAACCCAGAAAGAAGAAGGGGGAUGGUGGGAGGGUACCCUUGGAGAGAAAACAGGGUGGUUUCCUUCAAAUUAUGUGAAAGAAUAUAAGCCUCAAGAUGGUGGCAGUCCAACAACCAGCAAAAUGUCUCCAUCCAAACUCCCUCCAGAAAUUGUUGCACAACAAAAAGCAUAUCGCAAUCUUGUUUUAAAGGAUUUGAUUGAUUCGGAGAAAGCAAAUGUUGCUGAACUGCAGGGAUUAUUGAAAAAUUUUCUCCAUCCACUGGAAAAAUCAGAGAUACUGACGAAAGAGGAAUACCGCCAACUGGUGGGCAACAUUGGCUGUGUAGUGGAGACACAUCAGCAGUUGUUAGCAGCUCUGGAAGAGUGUAGUCAGCGACCAGCUCCUGAACAACGUGUUGGACGUGUAUUUCUUUCAUCUGCUCCUCGAGUUAAGCAGGUUCACCAGUCAUACUGUGCCUCACAUCCACGGGCUGUAUGCAUCCUUGACAAGUACAAAGAUGACCUGAAUACCUUCAUGGAAGCCCAAGGGGCUGCUAGCCCAGGCCUCUUGGUGCUCACAACUGGCCUAAGCAAGCCUUUCCGGCGUUUGGAGAAGUAUGCUGGCAUGCUUCAGGAGCUGGAAAGGCAUGUAGAGGAGAACCACCCAGACCGUGGAGAUACCCAGCGGUCUGUGUCUGUCUAUAAGGACAUUGCGUCUGCCUGCUCUGCUACUCGUCGUCAGAAGGAGCUGGAGCUGGAGGUACUUACAGGUGGUGUUCGGGGCUGGGAGGGUGAGGAUCUGUCCUGCUUGGGAGACAUCUUGCACAUGGGCUCAGUGGCAGUAGGGCCCGAGCACCGGGACCGCUACCUUGUGUUGUUUCCCUCCACACUUCUCAUACUUAGUGUCAGCCAGCGAAUGAGUGCCUUUAUCUACGAGGGAAAGCUUCCUUUAACUGCAAUUACUAUUAAUAAACUUGAAGACACAGAUGUGCUGAAAAAUGCAUUUGAGAUAUCAGGGCCAAUGAUAGAACGCAUUGUUGCUGUGUGUCAGACCCGAGAGGAUCAGCAACUGUGGGUAGAUCAGCUGCGGCAACAGAUCCGAAUGUUGAAGAAAUCAUCAUCUGUUUCAUCACCUCCACCUGUUUCGCCUCCAGCUAGCAAGCCAACACCUCUGCCUUCACCUCAUAAGAGUGCAGCUGUGGCAGCACCUGUAUCACCUCGUGUGAGUGCCCUUCCUGCGAGCAGCAGUCUUCGGCCAGUCGCAACACUCCCCGUUAGCAAGGGUUGGAGUAUGUCUUGUCUGCGCCCAUCUCCCCCUCUCCGACCCUGCCUUGCUCUUGGCCAUUGUGACAGUUUGCGGCGAUCAGGGCGAGCCAGUUCCAGGAAGCAAAAUGGAAGAAGUUUUGAGGAAGAUGCUCAGAUUUUGAGAAUAAUUGAAGCAUACUGCACCAGUGCAAGAACACGCUACACAGUAAACUCAGCUGCUCUCCUCGACUGUCCUCAAAUGUUGAUAGCAGAAGAAGAAAAAAUAAUUAUUGAGGAAACAGCAGGGGAUGAAACAAUUGUUGAAGAAAAGAGUUUAGUGGACACUGUGUAUGCCUUAAAGGACCAAGUAAAGGCUUUACAAGCAGAUGUGGGAACUCUAACCCAGAAGUUGGAAGAAGAGACAAAGUUGCGCUCUGCACUCCAGCAGAUUGUGAAGACUCACCUGGUGUCCUCUGAUGGGGAGGACAUUGCAUGGCCAGAAGACUGAAAGGCAAAUGUAAGUUGCCUAUUUUUAUAGUUGACUCCUCUGCUGCUGUGUAUGGAAAUUACCUUAUGACAUGAUUACCUUACUUAAGAAACCAAAAGAUUCCAGAUUUGUAAAAGUAUGUUUUGUACUACUUUUGUACAUGUGUAAUGUGCCAAAUAAGAAAAUAGAUUAUAGUUGAGUAUUUUGUUAAGAAAACAACCGUUUCUUUAGAAAAGUACUUUUUUGACUCAGUAUCUCUCUGAUGUCUAAUAUCCUAGUAACAUAAUAAUCAAAUGAAAGUUUGCAUUCUGUUUCAAAUCGUAGCUGAGUGAUUGCAUUGGAAGAGAAUGGUCUUUCUGAAGGUAUAAAUAUUUGAAACAUGUUGAAGUUCCUUGACUUUAUAUUAUGCAAUAUUAAUUGCUCCAAUAUUUUAAAAUGUUGUACAACAUCAUUAAUGGAAUUUAUAGUAGUUACGACACCAUAGAUUGUAUGACUUUAGAAUUUUAUGAUUGUGAACUCCUUAAAAUAAUUCAAUUAUAAUAGUAGUAUUGAGUGUUGUCUUCAGUGCAACUAAUUUUCAUUUCUCCUUUUGUUAUGAGUAUUUUAACAAAUAUUUAUUAUAUAAGACAUUUUGCAAAUAGAAUGUUAAUCUCACAAAUACUUUACAAGUGCAUUCCCUCUUUUUGAUGGAGGAUUAACUCUCAGUGAAGCCAUUUGUAAUUAAAACAAAUAAAAAGAAUUGUGUGUGAAGCUUUAAGCUACUCUAAGUACAGUCUAAUACAUUAAAAGGGCUUUACACUUGAAAAAGUGUGUUUUAUCAGUAUUAUUUUGUUGUGGGUCACAAGAGAGAAUAAAGUAGUGUGUGUUACAGACAUCAAAAUGUUUGUAAUAUUGUCCUUAGCUAGGGUUUCUGGACUUUUGUGAAGCUCUUUUUAUGGGAAUUUGAGGAGAUAAAAAACAUGUUGUGUGGAAUACAAUAAACAAGCCAGAAUUACUACUGAAAGUCAUGACAGACAUGAAGCAAACUUUGUACUUAUGUAAGUAUUGUAUAAGGUUUUAAAUGUUAAACUAUGUACUUGAACUGUGUGCCUAUUGAAUCAGUCUUAUUAUUAGUACAGGUAUAUGUGUAGUACAAACACUCCUAUUUUAGACACGAAGCAGCACAUUAGCAAGUAGUACAUAAACUUAAGUGCUCAUAUUUCCUUAGUUACUACGAACUUCUCGUUUCUACUUCCCCAGUACAUGUAUAUGUAGAAAAAGUUUUAAAAAAAUAUUAAAAAUCAAUCUUGAGAUUUUCAUGAAAAUUCUCGUUUUGGGGGAUCUUGUCACAGAAAAAUGUUUUUCUUUUAAAUAUGUUUGUGAAUGUCUGUCUUGUCUGUGAUCAACACUAUCUCCUAAACCAUACUUGGCAUUUUUUCAAAUUGCAUACAUGUUCUGUGAUAAUUCUGACCAAACUUGAGACCCAGGGAAUUUUCAAAUAUUCUUGAAUUUGUAAAGUUACUUUGAAUGAAGAUCAUGGGUCAUUUUCAAAUAUUUCUGUUUCUUUUCUGAAUGAUUGAAAAUAAUAUUUUGUUUCAAGCCUCUCUCAAGCCUUAAUUUUAUAUAUACUACAGAUUUUGUUCUUGAUUGAUAUUUUCUGCAAAAUAAGGAUUUUAAAUG